GGUCAAAGGCCGCAGUAAAACCAGAGACGACCAGUUGGCGUUCAAUCUCUACUACUACUACUACCCGGAGGCCGGAGACCAUUAUUUAAUUCGCACCAGAGAAACAGGAUUGGAUCAAGCUGCUGACUUUUUGGGUCUCAUCAUGAGUCCUCUGUUCUGAACAUGGGAAGGCCACCGUGCUGUGACAAGGAGGGUGUCAAGAAGGGGCCGUGGACUCCAGAAGAAGACAUAAUCUUGGUCUCCUACAUCCAAGAACAUGGCCCUGGUAAUUGGAGAGCUGUUCCCACAAAUACUGGGCUUUUGAGAUGCAGCAAAAGUUGCAGGCUCCGGUGGUCAAAUUACCUCCGGCCGGGGAUCAAGCGGGGAAGCUUCACGGAUCAGGAGGAGAGGCUCAUCGUCCACCUGCAAGCGCUGCUCGGAAACAGAUGGGCGGCGAUCGCUUCGUAUCUGCCGGCGAGAACGGACAACGACAUCAAGAACCACUGGAACACGCACCUGAAGAAGAAGCUGGGGAAUCAGGCAGCAAAUGUCCCCGAGAACGGUAGCCGGGCGAGCUGCCGGUCGGUGGCGAAGGGGCGGUGGGAGAAGUGCCUGCAGACGGACGUCGGCAUGGCGAAGCGGGCGCUAAGCGAGGCCCUGGCGGUGGAGAGGCCGCCUGCCGCCACCAGCUACGCCUCCAGCACCGAGAACAUCUCUCGGCUCCUGCAGUCGUGGCUUAAUCCCGGCCGGUGCGCCGCCGCCGCCGCAGCCGCCUCCAGGGGGUCGGGGACGAGCGAGUCGGCGUCGAGCCAGGCAAGUGUCAGUACGUCGACGGUGGUGUGUCCGAACGAGGACUCCUCUCCGCCGUCGCCGCCUCUGAUGUCGUAUCUGGAGUCGUGGUUGCUGGCCGAGGACGAGAGGCAGGACGUGUUCCUGGAGGACAUGGCUGCCAUUAGUGACACGUGUAAUUUUCUCUAAUUAAUGAUUGAUUUUCUAGGCGAUGGAAGGAAAAAAUGGCUAAGUUUUUGAUCUUCUGAUCGUAAUACGAAUCGAUUGAAAGAGACUGAUCGAUACGUAGACGAUCAAAAAGAAGUGUAAAUUAUGUUUGCUUGUUUUUUUUUUCUGUCUGCAGGGAGAACAAGAUAUGAUUUCUCGUGUAUUAUUGAUUAUAAUGUCGUCUAUUUAAU